AUGUGUACUAGCACCCUCCAGUUUGCGAUGAUGAACCUGGACGAAGAUGCCAACAUUUCGAAGGAUGAGUUCCUCAAGGCUAUGGAAUCCGUCGGCAUAGUUGGAUCGCAAGCGGAAAGCCUCUUCAAGAGGUUCGAUCCAGAUGGAAGUGGGCUGCUGGACAAACAGGAGUUCUUCGCUUAUGCAGCCAAGGGGACGGCUGACCUUCGAGCGCUUCUUCGACGCAGCACCUCCGAUGGGGAAGAUCCCGCUGAUGCGAUUCUUCAGGCAUUCCAAGCUUGGGACGCCGACCAGGAUGGCACCAUCUCCAAAGCUGAGCUGGAGCGAGUUCUCGUCGUCCUGAACCCAUCCUUCACCAAGAAGGACAUGAACAAGCUUCUGAAGGGAAUGGACCAAAACGGCGAUGGAAUAGUGGAUUACGAGGAGUUUGCUGACUGGCUGUGCAAGACGAAGACGAAGAAAUGA